AUGUACUUGAUUUGCGAUGAAGACGCCAGGCAGAUGGGCAAAAAAGAGCCCAAGGAGACGCCGAAGGAGCCACCAGCAUUGCCCAAGCUAGACGGCGAUACGAUCUUGCCACCUCCAGCCGUCGUUGCUUGCCCGGCAACAACCAUCAGUCACCCGAAGACUUCGUACACGAAAUUGGGGCCUGCCAGUAACCAAAUCCACACGAAAACCAGAGAUGUUGAAGUCACGACAACUACAACGGUCAUAUCUCGCCAAAGCAUUGCUGAAAUUACUUGGGCACAAGAACGACACGAAUCCACCACUAGAUUUGGUGGGCAACCAUUCAUAGACCCGUCAAGGAGAUCUUCGAAGGCUUCAACUAAGCUGAGAGUAUUGGCCCCACCGGGCAAUGAAGGGGUAGAGUUCGGCAUAACUCCAAAGGAUAGGCCCGAAGAAUCUCGCCCAGAUAGUGGCUGUGGGGUCAUCACAUCUUUUCCAAAGCUGUCUCCUCGUCACUGCACCAAUGAGUGGCUCAUUCCACGAGCUAAACCUAAACAUGUUGUUGAAACAACAGACGAUUUAUAUCAACAAGGUGUCGAUGCUCACUGCGGCAGAUCUUCGCGUCCCUCGGUUGCUUUCAUCGAAGAUGAGCCUAUAAAACCUCCUCACUGCUAUCGUGACUUGUUCCAGGAGAACCCUUUUUGCCAGGAGUCGCCAGAUAACCUGCUCGUUAACAACUAUGAGAAUGGCUCCCAAAUUGAAAUGGCUUCUGGCAAUCCCAUUGUCUCGGCAUCGUACCGCCGUCGAAGCUGCCAGGGCCAAAUCCAACAUAAUGUCAAUGACGCAGAUUCGGCCGAUGGCUUCGUUCCGGCUUUGAUCGAAAAGAUCCGCAAGGGCGGUCACAGAUUGUUUCACAGGGACAGGUCUCACAAGAGUUCCGAAAAUACGGAUGGGGGGUUUCAUACCCCUUACAAUUCGCCGGAUAUCGGGCUGGGAUAUACGAAGCAUUAA